AUGGUAGACUACAUGAAAAAAAAUACAAAAUCCUGGAAAGAGUCUUGGAGAGAUUUGAAGACCAAGGUCUCAAAAAAUGCAUCAGUGUUAAGGAACUCAAGAAGACAGACCGGAAAUAAACAUAUUCAAUUCAACGAAUUGACUGAGAUGGACAAUAAAGUUUUAGAUUCAUGGCCAGAAGAACUGGAUAAUGAUGUUGAACAGUUGGCAAACGGUGAUAUUAGUAUAUUGAAUAUAGUACCUACUCCACUAACCAUAAGGCCAAACCAUGAUGAACAUAAUAUGAAUGAUGCAAAUGAUUUAAAUUCAUAUACUGUGGAAAUCUUAGACAACAUCCUGGAGGUAUCACAACAGAUGUCACCGACUUGUGAGUCAGUGCCACAGAUCGCAGUACCUGACUUUUGUACUUCAUUUACACCAGACAAUUCAUUGGCUACACAACCUCUAUUGUCAAAUAUUACUACUGCCACUAAUCCCAAAAAGAAAAAAUGUGAUGUCAAACUUACCACACAAUUUUCCAAUGCGCGUGAAAUAUUCACUAAUCUUGCCAAAACAAGCAACCAACAAAUUGAGCUGUUAACAAAUUAUUUAAGCAUGAUAGCUGAAAGCAACAUACAAAUGGCUGCUGCAAUCACUAAAAUGGGUGAAAACGACGAAAAAAGACUAUUAGUAGAUGAGCAACUUGUAAAUUUAUUAUCUGCUACAAUUUCAAAAUUAAAUUAA